AUGGCUUCGGCUAAGGAGGUGAAGUUCACCGUGCAGGAGGUCCUCGACAUGGUCAUGGACAACAGUGCAGCUGAUGUCCUUGCCCUGGAUUCAUCGUCUGAGGAGGAGGAUUUACUGCAGCGGGAGGGAGGUGAUGUGAUCGAUCCCGACUAUCGUCUUCCUUCAUCCGAAAGUGAUGAUGGUGAUGAUGAGGAGGAGGAGGAGCCACAGCCCGGCCCCUCAACAGCAACCCCCAAGCCUAGACGGAGGCGGCAAACAUCUAUGCCUGCACCUCCAGCAGUGACUCCCAAGCGUCCUAGGAGUAGAGCUUCGUCUGUCUCUGGAGGUGGACAGGAAGAGGACAGAUGGUGUGGUAGAGAGGAGAUGGACCAGACGCCAGAUCUGCUGAAAUUCAAUCCAGCCAGGACGCCAGGGCCCACAGUUGACACCACAACAUCAUGGUCCCCACUGACACUUUUCCAGCUUUUUUUCAGUGCCUCUGUAGUCCGGACCAUCAUUGACAACACCAACGCCAACGCAGCGAAAAGACUACAGGCUGGGAAGAAGUAUGUUUGGAGACCACUGAUGAUGCCGGAUUUUUACACCUUCAUGGCCAUCAUCAUUUUCAGCGGGCUUGUGAGUGUUCACCACAGAGCAGACUACUGGAAGAAGAAAUGGCCUUACAACUUUUCCUUCCCCAGUGACAACAUGACACGGGACCGCUUCGAAGCCAUAUUGUGGUCACUCCACCUGAGUAACCCAGCUGACGAUGAAGACAACGAACGCAACAAGAACACUGCUGCAUAUGACAGGCUUUUCAAGAUCAAGCCCCUGUACACCGAAAUAGUGACUGCGUGCCAAGCCCAUUUCCAGCCAUACAGGAACAUCUCCAUUGAUGAGCGGAUGGUGGCCUCCAAGGCACGCAUCAGUAUGAAGAUGUACAUGAAAGACAAGCCCACCAAGUGGGGAUACAAGCUCUUUGUCCUUGCAGAUUCCAAGACAGGUUACACCUGGAAUUUUUUUGUGUACACCGGCAAGAGUAGCUCAAUCACAGGCCAUGGUCUGAGCUACUCCUCAGUGAUGGACCUUCUGCCACGUGGGGUGCUUGGUGAUGGCUACACUCUCUAUGUGGACAAUUUUUACACGAGCCCGGCCCUCUUUCAGGAUCUGAGGCGCAAGAACUUUGGAUCUUGUGGGACCAUCAGGACGAAUAGAGUCGGAUUUCCUAAGACUGAUAAGAAUGACUUGCCCAAAAAGAGUGAGAGGGGUGAUCUUAGAUGGAUCAGGAAAGACGGUCUUCUGUUUGUCAAGUGGAUGGAUACCCAUGAAGUCACGAUGUGCUCCUCAGUGCAUGGGGCUUUCAGUGGGCAAACUGUCUCAAGGAGUGUGAAGGAGGCUGGUGUGUGGAGGAAAAAGGCUGUCCCUGCUCCGGACGCUGUCAUAGACUACAACCAGCACAUGGGUGGUGUUGACCUGUCAGAUGCCAUGAUUAGUUAUUACAGCGUGAGCCACAAGACCACAGAAUGGUACAAGACUUUUUUUUACCAUUUUCUUGACAUCGCUGUGGUGAACAGCUUCAUCUUGUACAAGGAACUCUGCAAAACCAGGAAUGAGCCAAAGCAGAUGACUCACAAAGAGUUCAGGGAGAACCUUGCAGCAGAGAUGCUGGAAUUUGCCAAGGGCUCAGCACCACUGCCAUCACCACGUGUCACCUGCAUGCCCAUGUUCUAUGGUGGGGAUGCCACCAAGACGCGGAAGUACUGCAAGAGGUGCAGUCAGACUGGCAACCUUCGAGUGAAGACACCUGUGCAUUGUAGGAAGUGUCAGGUCGCUCUGUGUUUCACCCCCCAGAGGAACUGUUUCCAACUAUGGCACGAUGCAAAGUAG